GGUGAGUCGACACAAUUUUGUGAAUGGAAAUAUGGAAUUAUGUGAAUCCGGCUCAAAUACACACUCUAGUCGUGCACUGAGCAUUUAUCGUAGCGAUAUAGCUUUCCGGGUACCAGUGUAACGGCAGCAGAGCUUUUGGAGGGAUUCUGAGACGAGACGACGACGCCGUCGCGAUGAUUCCUCCGGCGACUUCAUUCCCGAUUUACGCUCACCGCCCUCCCACCGAAUCAUUCCAUCACCGCCUCAUCGACAUCGUCAAAAUCGCUCUCAUCAAAAUCUUCGUCUCUCCUUACGCCACCGUGUGUGAAUUGUAUUGUGGAAAAGUACCGGACGAAGAAAAAUGGGAUGAAGCUCAAAUUGGUCACUACAUUGGCAUUGAUGUAGCCACGUCUGGAAUGAAUGAAAAAAAGGAAGCCUGGGAGAGUCAGCGCAAGGUUUACACCACUGAGUUAAUUGAGAUUGAUCCUUGCACUGAAGACUUAAAAACGCAUCUUCAGGAUAAGGACAAUCAGGCUGAUAUUGUUUUUUGCAUGCACAAUUUACAGCUGUGUUUUGAAAGUGAAGAAAAAGCGAGGAAACUAUUGCAUAAUGUUUCAUCUUUGUUGAAACCUGGUGGUUAUUUUCUUGGUAUCACAACUGACUCAUCUACUAUAUGGGCUAAGUAUCAGAAGAAUGUUGAAGCCUACCACAACAAGGGCAGUGGAAUGAAACCCAACAUUGUCCCCAAUUGCAUUAGAUCUGAGAGUUACACAAUAGCUUUUGAAGUUGAGGAAGAGAAGUUUCCUUUUUUUGGAAAGAAGUACCAGAUGAAGUUUGCGAAUGAUAUAUCUGCAGAAACUCAGUGUCUGGUUCAUUUCCCAAGCUUGAUCAGGUUGGCUAGAGAGGCUGGCCUUGAUUACAUUGAGAUUCAAAACUUGACAGAUUUCUAUGAUGAUUAUAGGCCACAAUUUGUAGGAAUGCUACAAGAUGUGAACCAUAAUCUCAUUGAUCCUAGGGGCAGACUUCUUCCCAGAGCCUAUGAUGUUUUAGGUCUGUUCACUACCUUUGUAUUUCAAAAGCCUGAUCCCGACAUUACUCCACCUCUGAUGACUCCAUUCAUAGUAAGAAGAAACAAUGAUGAUGAGGCAAGUGAAUACCACAGUACAAAGCACAUCUUGCAAAUGAUACCGAUGGAUCCACAAGGAAUUGUGUGGAGAGAUGAUGAGAAGAAUGGACAGGUUGAGUCAUCCCAGGGAUUGGGCAAGAUAACAGAACAAAAGGGGAUAUUAGGUCCCGGCCCAGCAGAAUUGCGCUUCCCUGAGGCACUUUGACCCAUCAUUGAUUAAUGGCUGAAGUGGAUUAGAUAGAGAAGUGAGAAGCUGCAAGUUUACUCUAAGUUCAGUAAUUUCAUUUUGGAGAGGGAAGGGAGAAGGUGGAAGAAGUUUUGUAUGUUGUUAUAAGGCUAGUAGUUUUACUCUGUUGAAGAGCUUUAAAAUUUGCCAAGACAUCCAGUAUGGAGGCAUUGUACAGUCUGUACUAUUUCAGUAGCACAAGCCAAGGUAUUGUGUCACUAAUAGGUGUAAAAUCACUGUUAUUUGGGGUACCUUUUAUGUCACUGUCUGUAUGUAUUAACAACGCUAAAUUGUCAUUAGUUUUC